AUGGAAGAAGAACAAGACCUACCAGAGCAACCAGUUAAAAAAGCCAAGAUGCAGGAAUCGGGAGAGCAAACUUUAAGUCAAGUAAGCAACCCCGAAGUCAGUGAUCAGAAACCUGAAACUUCAAGCCUUGCUUCAAACCUUACCAUGUCAGAGGAAAUAAUGACAUGUACCGAUUACAUCCCUCGCUCAUCCAAUGAUUAUACCUCACAAAUGUAUUCUGCAAAACCUUAUGCACAUAUCCUCUCAGUUCCUGUUUCGGAAACUGCUUAUCCUGGGCAGACUCAGUACCAGACACUACAGCAGUCUCAACCGUAUGCUGUCUACCCUCAGGCAACCCAAACAUAUGGACUACCUCCUUUUGGUGCAUUGUGGCCAGGUAUGAAACCUGAAAGUGGUUUAAUUCAGACUCCAUCUCCAAGUCAACACAGUGUUCUUACCUGCACUACAGGGUUAACCACAAGCCAGCCAAGCCCAGCACAUUACUCUUACCCCAUUCAAGCUUCAAGCACAAAUGCCAGCCUGAUAUCCACUUCAUCUACAAUUGCCAAUAUUCCAGCAGCAGCAGUUUCCAGCAUCUCAAACCAGGACUAUCCCACCUAUACUAUCCUUGGUCAGAGUCAGUACCAGACCUGCUACCCCAGCUCCAGCUUUGGAGUCACAGGCCAAACUAACAAUGAUGCUGAGAGUUCCACAUUAGCAGCAACCACAUACCAGACGGAGAAGCCUAGCGUCAUGGUACCUGCGCCUGCAGCACAGAGACUUUCCUCUGGAGACCCUUCUACAAGCCCAUCUUUGUCCCAAACUACACCAAGUAAAGAUGCUGACGACCAGUCCAGGAAAAACAUGACUGGAAAGAACCGGGGCAAGAGGAAGGCUGAUGCUAGCUCUUCCCAGGACAGUGAAUUGGAACGGGUAUUUCUGUGGGACUUGGAUGAAACCAUCAUCAUCUUUCAUUCCCUUCUUACUGGAUCCUAUGCCCAGAAGUAUGGAAAGGAUCCAACAGUAGUGAUUGGCUCAGGUUUAACUAUGGAAGAAAUGAUUUUUGAAGUGGCUGAUACACACCUAUUUUUCAAUGACUUGGAGGAGUGUGACCAGGUGCAUGUGGAAGAUGUGGCUUCUGAUGACAAUGGCCAAGACUUAAGCAACUAUAGUUUCUCAACAGAUGGCUUCAGUGGCUCAGGAGGCAGUGGCAGCCAUGGUUCCUCUGUCGGUGUACAGGGAGGUGUGGACUGGAUGAGAAAACUGGCUUUUCGUUACCGAAAAGUGAGAGAAAUCUAUGAUAAGCAUAAAAGCAACGUGGGAGGCCUUCUAAGUCCCCAGAGAAAGGAAGCACUGCAGAGACUAAGAGCAGAAAUUGAAGUUUUAACAGAUUCCUGGUUAGGUACUGCAUUAAAGUCCUUACUUCUCAUCAAGUCCAGGAAGAAUUGUGUGAAUGUUCUGAUCACUACAACCCAGCUGGUUCCAGCUCUGGCCAAGGUUCUCCUAUAUGGGCUUGGAGAAAUAUUUCCUAUUGAAAACAUCUAUAGUGCUACCAAAAUUGGUAAAGAGAGCUGCUUUGAGAGAAUUGUGUCAAGGUUUGGAAAGAAAGUCACAUAUGUAGUGAUUGGAGAUGGACGAGAUGAAGAAAUUGCAGCCAAACAGCACAACAUGCCUUUCUGGAGGAUCACAAACCAUGGAGACCUAGUGUCCCUGCACCAGGCUUUGGAGCUUGAUUUCCUUUAA